GCGUCUCUCCGGUCGCGCGCGCCGUGAUCACACACUGAAUGAAGCUCUAGCGUGGGAAAGACGAACGGGGUACGAGAGAUACUGACAUGGAGCCACUGUAACAUUACUAUUGCGUUAUCAAUAGAUUGGCGUUCACUGUAUACGCGCGUUACUGCCUGAAGAAGAUGCGUCCGAUCACGGCCAAACCACAUCUGUUCAUCGCGCAGCUGUGGCUCAUCUGGCACUCAGAUCUGGCCGCUUCGUACCUGAGAGGUCAGCGCAAAUUCACAGAGGACGUCGACUGGUCUUACACAGGAGCCCUGAACCAGAAGCACUGGGUAAAGAAGUAUCCAGUGUGUGGCAAUGCCAGGCAGUCUCCCAUUGACAUCAGUGAGGAGUUCACUCAGGUCAGGCUUCAGUACCAGAACCUGCAGCUGGAGAACUGGGAACAACCAACCACUGAUUCAACCACCAUCACUAAUGACGGCAAAACAGUGGUGAUUGGUCUGAACAGUGAGUACUUCAUAAGUGGAGGUGGGCUCAGAUCCAGGUUUAAAGUGGGCCGGAUCACGUUCCACUGGGGCAGAUGUAACGCCACUUCAGACGGAUCAGAACACAGCCUGAAUGGCAACAGGUUCCCCCUGGAGAUGCAGAUUUAUUGUUUUGAUGAUUUGGAGUUUGAAUCCAUAGACGAGGCGAUGAGCAGCGGAGGAAAGAUCGCUGCUGUGGCUGUCCUUUUCGAGGCCAGCAUUGAAGACAACCAGGACUACGCAGCCAUUAUUGAAGGGGUGAAUAACGUGAGCAGAUUUGGUAAAAGCAGCGCUGUGGAGGAGUUUUCUCUGCUGGCUUUGCUUCCAGAAAACACUGAAAAAUACUUCAUGUACAACGGAUCGCUCACUGCACCGCCCUGCUCUGAAAAUGUGGAGUGGAUCGUGUUUAAAAACACUGUGGGCAUCUCUGAAACCCAGCUGGAGGUGUUCUGUGAAGUGAUGACCAUACAGCAGGCCGGAUACGCCAUGCUGACCGACUACCUGCAGAACAACUACAGAGAACAACAGCAGCAGUUCAUGGGACAAGUGUUCUCAUCCUACACAGGCACAGAGGAAGUCCCUGCACCCAUGUGCAGCUCUGAGCCUCAAAAUGUUCAGGCGGACUCUCAGAACUUCACCGGCAUCGUGGUGACAUGGGAAAGACCUCGUGCCGUCUAUGACACCGUGAUUGAGCGCUACUCCGUCACCUACCAAAGACUACAGGGACAAAACCCACCCAAACAGCAGUAUCUGACAGACGGAGACCAGGAUGUGGGGGCCAUUAUUCACAAUCUGCUGGCAAACAGUAGCUAUGUUGUCCAGGUGGUGGCGCUGUGCAUGAAUGGCUUGACUGGGAAAAUGAGCGACCAGGUCAUUGUGGACAUGCCUUUCGAAGACCCUGUAAAUGAACCUGAUCCCUAUGGCGAUUUAGCUGAAUCGGAGGAAUAUAAUGAGGAACAUACAUCUGCACCUUCUUCAAAGCCUCCGCCAGGCCGAUUUCUCAUCCGUGACUCCGGGAGCUCCAUCUCCAUCACCACAUCGACUGACCAGCCGGGUUUCCUCUUCCCCGUCUCCAGAACGACCCCGAUCACAGUCCGGCGGAAAAUAACAGAGGAGUCUUCGCUUUCACAGCCGCCCGUUCAAAACAAAAGCAGAAAAAAUGAAACCAAACGUCCGGCAAACAGACUCCUUCCAGACGACAGCGGACACUUUCCUCAAAGCAACACAGUGGUCACAGACGUCUAUUAUGAGGAUGUCCUGAACUCCAGCACCACAAACAUCACCCCGACAAUAAAUAAUAACCUCCUCAUUGAUCAAAAUACAGAGAAAGCAUCCACUUCUCCCCCAAAACAACCAGCAAAUGAAUCUUCAACAGCUAACGCCACCACUGGAUCCUCGCUUUCAGCAUCCAUGAAGAUCAUUUCUCAGACCACCCAGCCACUCUUUAAUGACGUGUUUGUUACAGCCACGUCAUUUAAUAAUGAAAGAGUAUUGAUGGUUAGUGAUGCCACCAGUCUCUAUGAAUCCUCCACCCGCUCUCCAACCAUCAUUUUGGAGGAGGGAUCUGCUCAUUUUCCUCCUUCAGACGGACAAGGAGAGUUCAGCGGGUCUGGAUCUGCAAUCUUCCUGGAGGAGCUCGACCGGGAAUGGGAGCUGGAGCAAACCCGCACGGCUCCUAAAAAUGCUGAUCCGAGGAAAACCCAAGAGGAAAACCAUGAAGGACUGCCCUCUACUUUCUUCUUUGAGAGCGAGCGUGAAGCUUCCUCCACAUAUAAACCACAAAACCAGGAUUUUCUGUCAUGGGUGACCUGGUCAGCUGAAUCUGACUCUGGAUCAGGUCAAGGCGGAUCAAUGAUCUCCCAAACUGAGGAUAUUCCCAUUCAGCUCAUAAUUCCUAAACUCAAUAUCCAAGAGGAAAACCAUGCAGAGGCGAGUAACAGCAGUCCAGAGUCUCGUGUUGGGAUGGUUGGAGGGACAGAGACAGAGAAACGGGCUGUUGUUCCUCUGGCUAUAGUUUCCACACUAACUGUGCUGUGUUUGGUAGUGCUGGUCGGCAUCCUCAUCUACUGGAGGAGAUGCUUUCAGACAGCACAUUUUUAUGUAGAGGACACCAAUUCAGCCCGAGCCAUUUCAGCUCCAUCAACUCCUCUUCUACUGCCUACAGAGGACAACGAAGCUCUCCCUGUUAAGGACUUUGUUAAACAUGUUGCUGACCUCCAUGCAAAUCACAAAUUCUCCAAAGAGUUUGAGAUCUUGAAAGAGUCUUACGAGGAGAUUCAGGGCUGCACUGCAGACAUGGGCAUUACAACAGACAGCUCCAACCAUCCGGAUAAUAAGAGCAAGAACAGAUACAUUAACAUCCUGGCCUAUGAUCACAGUCGAGUUAAACUCUCUCAGAAUUCUGACAAGGAUGGAAAGACAGGGGACUACAUUAAUGCUAACUAUGUGGAUGGAUUCAAUCAGCCGAAAGCAUAUAUAGCAGCCCAGGGUCCACUGAAGGGCAGUCUGGAGGACUUCUGGAGGAUGAUCUGGGAGCAGAACGUGGGCGUGAUUGUCAUGAUCACUAACCUAGUGGAGAAGGGCCGGAGGAAAUGUGACCAGUACUGGCCUCUGGAGAAUCAAGAAGACUACGGCUGUUUUCUGGUAACCCUUAAGAGCAGCAGAACUCUGGCCUACUACACACUGAGGACAUUCACACUGAGGAAUGUCCAGAUCAAGAAGGGCUCUCAGAAAGGCCGCAGUCAGGAGAGGACGGUGCUUCACUUUCAUUACACUCAAUGGCCUGACAUGGGCGUCCCAGAAUACACACUGCCCCUGCUGUCUUUCAUCAGGACAUCCUCACAGGCCAGAACGGCUGAGAUGGGGCCUGUGGUGGUGCACUGCAGUGCUGGUGUGGGUCGAACAGGAACCUACAUCGUGAUCGACAGCAUGUUGAAGCAGAUAAAGGAGGAAAACACAGUGAACAUCAUGGGCUUCCUCAAACACAUCCGCACUCAGAGGAACUACUUAGUGCAGACAGAGGAGCAGUACGUCUUCAUUCAUGACGCUUUAGUGGAGGCCAUCAGGAGUAAAGAGACUCUGGUUUCAUCCAGUCUCAUCCACACAUACGUGUCUGGUCUACUCACACCAGGACCCGCAGGCAAAACCCCUCUGGAGAAACAGUUCAAGUUGGUCAGUCAGAGCUGUGCAAAACAAAGCGACUACACGACAGCUCUGAAGGAGAGCAACGUAUCCAAAAACAGGACUGCUUGCCUUAUGCCUGUGGAGAGAUCGAGGGUCAGUCUGUCUGCAGCAGCUGGAGAAUCAUCAGACUACAUCAAUGCUUCUUAUUUACUGGGUUUUCAUCAGAGCAGAGAGUUCAUCGUUACCCAGAAUCCUCUGCCAAACACCAUACAUGACUUCUGGAGGAUGAUCUGGGACCACAACACUCAGAUCAUAGUGUCACUGCCGGACACACACAACAUGAGCUCAGAGGCGGAGUGUGUUUAUUGGCCCACUAAAGAUGAACCAAUCAGCUGUGAGACGUUCACUGUGAGCUUUAGAGAUGAAGACAGUCUGAAUCUGUCCAAUGAAGAGCCAGUGCUGGUGCAGCACUUCAUCCUGGAGGCCCUAAAGGAUGAUUAUGUUCUGGAGGUGCAUCAGUUCCAGUCGCCCCGCUGGCCGGAUCCUGACAGUCCCAUCAGCAACUGCUUUGAGCUCAUCAAUAUAAUCAGAGAGGAGAGCUCGCGGCGAGAGGGACCCGUCCUCAUCCACGAUGGGUGUGGAGGGUCGAGUGCUGGUUUAUUUUGUGCUCUGGUGACUCUGGUUAAUCAGCUGGAUGAGGAGAACAGUGUGGACGUCUAUCAGACCGCCAGAAUGAUCAACCUCAUGAGGCCCGGCGUCUUCAAUGAUGUUGAACAGUAUCAGUUCCUCUACAAAGCGAUCUUGAGUCUGGUCAGCACACAGGAGGACGAAAGAGCGCUUCAAUACGCCGAAAACAACGGGACGGUCCCAGCAAACCCUUCAGAAAGCCUGGAGUCUCUGAUGUAGAGGAAAAACAGGACUGCGUGGUACAGGAUACACUGUCAUUUGGUCUUUUAUUGUGCCUUUUUGUUACCUUUGUACUUUAAAAUGCUUUGAUAUAAUAUUAUUGUUGUAACUAAUGCCAAAAUUUCUACUCUUUGGGGGGAAAACAGACACUGCUGUAUCGCCGGUGGUUUUAGGUUUAGUCGGACAUAACUGUUGAGGAAAUAUUUAUACGUAGCAGCGGCAGAUGAUUUCAUACUGUAUAUCUAUUUUGGGGGAAAUCUUAGAUAUAAAAAAGCAUUGCUGAAUGUAGCCUAGAACUGGAGAAAGGUGUGAACCUAAUAAAUAUAUAUAUAUAAAACACCGACAGACCAAAACACAUUUAUAUGACUAGAGUUACUUUUUAUUCUUGUUUGUUAUGUUUGUUUUGAUUAUCGUAGCAAUUGAAUGAUUCAGUUUUUUUUUUAAUUGUAGACAAUUGAUUUUUUAAAUGAACUUAAUUCAUCUAUUUCUCAUACUAAAUCAGCAGUCGAUCUCUGCAUCCGUUCAUAACCAGCGUUCAUUUUAUUACAUUUUUUUCAACCGUAAUCUUUGUCCACCAUUAACACACAAGUCGUACUUGGACACAAGAAAGCAAGCACAAACAAAAAAUGAUCUAGGAUAAUAUAAGGAGUACAGAAAUAAAAUAAAAACAGAUUUGUUGUAUGUUCCCGAAGGAA